AUGCAUUUGUUUCAAUAAAAUUUAGUGUUCUUGUUGGAAUUUUAUAUUAUUUUUAAUUUAAUUUAAUUUAAUAUUAAUUUAUAAUCUAUUUUAUAUUUUAUAAAUUCUAAAUCAAAGAUAAUGAAUAGUAAAGAUAUAGUAUUAAGUCCAAAUGCCCCAACAACUCUUUUUUUGGAGAAGCAUGUCGAGUUCAUUGAGACUUACAGCAAGAAACAAGAAUUUGAGUACACCAUCUCUGAAUACUUGCGUAUGAGUGGCAUAUACUGGAGCCUAACUGCUCUACAUCUAGUGAAGGAAGAAGGCAAAUUGAGCAAAACUGAAAUACUGAACUUUGUAAAAUCCUGCCAACAUGAAUGUGGGGGCUUUGGGGCCAGCCUCAAUCAUGAUCCUCAUCUGUUGUACACUUUGAGUGCUAUUCAGAUCUUAUGCUUAUACGAUUCUUUGGACGCCAUCAACGUAGAGGGUGUGGCAUCGUACGUUACAUCCCUACAGCAAUCUGACGGAAGUUUCUAUGGUGAUGCUUGGGGGGAGGUCGAUACGAGGUUCUCGUUCUGCGCCGUGGCCUGCUUGGCACUACUGUCAGGUUUAUUGUUGUCUGGGCGCUCUCUCCAUCUUAGAUUGCCUGAACCUCGUGGAAGUGGAUGAACUCGGAUGGUGGCUCUGUGAGAGGCAGCUGAUGUCCGGUGGUCUGAACGGUCGACCCGAGAAAAUGCCUGACGUAUGUUACUCAUGGUGGGUUGUGGCCUCCCUCAAGAUGAUUGACAGGCUGCACUGGAUUGAUAAGAAAGCUCUGGUGAAAUUCAUCCUGGCAUCGCAAGAUGAUGAGACCGGUGGCUUCGCCGAUAGACCUGGUGACAUGCCCGACCCAUUUCACACGCUCUUUGGACUCGCUGGGCUCUCACUGUUGCAAGAGGAUCAUGACGAUAAUGAGGUCAUGUCACAACCGGAUAAUGAGGUCAUGUCACAACCAAAUAAUGAGGUCAUGUCACAGCCAAAUAAUGAGGUCAUGUCACAAAAUAAUGACGUCGAGUCACUAUAUAAAGAGGUCACGCAACCACAGCUGCCACCAUCCCGGCAACAUUCGCCACCGCGACAGAAACUGCAACAUCCUCUGAAUCAAAUCAGAUUUGAAGCCAUUGAUGAAGUGUUUUGCAUGCCCAAGAAAGUUGUCGGUAGGUACUUCGUGAGACCUCAGCAUUGUGGUACGACUAGUAAGGAUUGUGGCGGCUGUAAUGAAUACACGAAUGAGAAAUGUGUUGAUAUGAUCUUAAGCUACAUAAUGCCAUAUCUGCUGAGAUACAUGAGGCAAGGAGUGUUUCAACACAAGGCAUUGGAUACUUCCAUUGUAUCAAUCCAAGAGGAAUGGUCUGACUAUCAUGAUACUGCUACGCAUGCCUUUCAUGUCACAAGAGACACAGCCAGUGAAAGGAAGCGCCAGAGAAGCCGACCGAACAACUUCUACAACAAGUACUACCACCUGAACCUGGAGGAGAUCGAGCGACAGCAGCAACGGCGUCAGCUUCGCCACCAACAGCAGCACCACCUCUCACCGCCGAGCCUUCAGAAGCAGCUCGACUACAUCUCGCAAUUCCUUUGGAUCUCCAUCGAGCCGUAUGCCAAUGAAAAUGGUAACUUCUACAUCAACGUGAACUUGAAGAACGCCGGAAAUUCCACCAUUGAUAACUGCUGCUGGUCAAUUUAUUUUUAUAGCACUAAGUUUAUCGACGGAAGGGUCAUGAUGGAUGUCAAUGACCUUUUGACUGUCGAAGAAAAGAUGGAUAUGAAUAGGAGGAAGCACAACGUGGGGCUCGAUAGUAAUGAUGCCGGGGGUGGUGCUGAUACUGAUGACAAUAAUAAUAAUAAUAAUAAUAAUAAAAAGAAUAAUAAUAAUAUGAAUAACGAUGGUGAUAAUAAUGGGAAUGCUACUAAUCAUGGUAUUGGGACGACUUUUGCCUCCAUGAUACAGGAUGGAGAUCUCCUGGCGGGUUUCAAAUCCUUCGACACCCGCCAAUCCAUCUUCAUCACCCACGUCAUGGGGUACACCUUCAAAAUGAUGCCCACCGAAAAUUUUAGACCCCUCCGACCAAACGGUCAAUUGAGGGUUAGGCUCGUCGGCACUGGUUGGCAGGUCUCCAGGAGUGAGUUCAUCCCUAAUUGGUAUGUAGCCAACGACAACGACAACACGACAGUGGCGCGCGUCAUCCAGUGCACUGCAGAUGAGGAUUUGAAGUUUGUUGACGGCUUCAAAAGACAGGCUUCCACCAUCAGGUUCCAAGGAGAUCUGUUCAGGCCUUUCACACUGGAGAAGAGAUAUAAAAUGCACGAGCCAUUAUACCCCGCCGCCUCUAAAUCCGCAUUGCCAUUCGCUUCUCUGAUACCAACGCCAAUCACUCUGGAGUUUUCUGACGCGGGGAAGAGUGGCAACAUGAACGAUUAUGACGUCAACAAAGUGUUGCUCCUUGAUGUUAAUAAUUGGGUGAUAACGUAUUGCGAGGGCUUGUAUGGUGAGGCUCUCUAUUUGAAAGAAAAAUUGAGGCUAAAAUCCGAACUCGUUCUCGUCCCUGGCCAGAAUGACGACACCGACCUCAACGGCGACACCGACCUCAACGGUGGCAUCGGCCUCAACAACGACAAAAACAGCUACAACGUCGACUUCAGAAACAACAACAACAGCAACUCAACAACAACAGCAACAACAACAACAAUCGACUCCUUCCUAAACAAGCCGCACCACAUCAACCUACGCCUCCUAACCACCCACACCGACAAGGAAUCUCUCCUACGGAAACUCCAAAACCGGAAGGACCCCCAGCCGACAAAUUACGUCAUCCAGAGCCAACAUGGCUACCACCUGUCAAUCAAACCCCUACCGGACCGGAUCAACAUUUACGGUUUUCUGCCGGUCGGUGUCUUCUACGGUGCCGUCAGUCUGACUAACAUCCUCAUCAGUGGCGAUGAUGACUAUGUCAGGUUGGUUCUCUCUCAACACAACAACAACAACAACAACAAUAAUAAUAAUAACAACAAUAAUAAUAAUAAUAACAACAAUAAUAACAACAAUAAUAACAAUAAUAAAAAUAAUAAUGUGACUGGGCCUUCCAAUGAAGAUUUAUUCGGUAAAAAUGACGAAAAGGCUGCCGUAGUUAUAGGCAAACUCGGACAAUACCGCCUACACGAGUUAGUGAAUUUCAAAUUAGUACCGGUCUGCGAGGUCUACGAUGCCCCAAGGUUCAAACACAGAGGUCUGAUGAUUGAUGUGGCCAGAAAUUUUCACCCUCUAGAUACUAUUAUUGGAGUCAUCGACGCUAUGGCUUCCUAUAAGAUGAACAUCCUUCACAUUCACCUCUCUGACGAUGAAGGAUGGAGGCUGGAGAUCAAAGAACUGCCCGAAUUAACUGAGAUUGGGGGUAGGAGGUCACAUGACUUAAGCGAAAGCCAAUCGCUCAUGUCUUUACUUGGCUCUGGACCUGCGAGCAACUCAUCAUCAUCAUCAUCGUCAUCAUCAUCGUCAUCAUCAUCAUCGUCGUCCAAGUGGAGCAAGCCAAAUGAUGGCUACUACACUGUGGAGCAGUUCCAGCAGCUGCUGAAGUAUGCCAGCCGGCGUCAUGUCACCAUCAUUCCAGAGUUCGACAUGCCAGGUCACUCGCAUGCUGCAAUCGUCAGUAUGAUGGUUAGGUACGAGAGAGAUAGACGAAAGCAAAAACUAUACGAAAAACAACUGGCAGAGUUGAAGCAACAACAGCAACAACAACAGCAACAUCACAACAACCACAACAACAACAACAAAAGCAACAACAUCAACAAUUUGAAACCUCCGAAACAUGUUGAUUACUUGCUGUCGGAUCUUCAUGACAGCUCAAAGUACCUCACGGGGCAGUUCUACAAAGUUUCAGCCAUCAACCCGUGUCUGAAAUCUACUUAUAGAUUUGUGUAUAGGUUGUUGGUCAGUCUGAAAGAGAUGUAUAAGGGCAUAGCUCCCUUGAAAUAUUUCCACCUUGGGGGUGAUGAGGUGCCCCAGAUGGCCUACAAACAUUCGCCCGCGUGCUGGAAGCUACUACAGAAGCUGCAAGCCAUCGCCGACGAAGGCGACGGCUACUUCGUCGAGAAAGUGGCGCGCAUAGCCAAGAAACUAGAGCUCAAUUUGAUUGGCUGGGAGGACGCCUUCUCCACACCAAUCAGACACGACAAUAACAACAACAAUAAUAAGGAUAAUUAUAACGAGAAUGAUAACGAUAACGAUAAUUAUUAUAGUAAAAUGUAUAAUAAUAAUAAUAAUAAUAAUAAUAAUAAUAAAAAAAUUGAUGAUGAAAAUGACAAGCCCAACUACGUAUACGGCGGUAAAAGGCAUGCCGCCCGUGGUGGUGGUGGUGGUGAUGACGUCACGAAAUUCAAAAUGGAGAUCGUCUCGCAGUGCUAUUAUGAAGAUUACGUAGGGGGCAGGGCGGACAAGCCCUAUGAGCUGGCCAACAAUGGAAAGAAGGUCAUACUCUCCCAGAUUGGCUCGCUCUACCUGGACAACCCCCAGGAACCGGAUCCGGAAGACUGGGGCCUACACUGGGCAUCUAGAUACGUGAACACGAGAAAGAUCUACCACUUCACACCCGUCAACAUCUUCAAUAGUAUCAGAAUGGAGGCAGCUUUGUGGACUGAACUGAUCCGUACAAAACACCGCAUGCACUCCAUGCUGUUCCCGCGUCUCCUGGCCUUUGCCGAGAGAUCCUGGUACCAGCCCAGAUGGGAAGAUGAAGAUGAUGGCAUCGUCAUAGCUCACGAAAGGUCGAAAGAUUGGUCACUAUUCUCAAACAUCAUUGGCAGGCAAGAGCUCAGGAGACUCGAAGAAAUGGGGAUUGAAUACUACUUGCACAAACCUGGCGCACGAUUGGUGGGGGACAAACUUCACAUCAACACCAUGUUCCCCGGAAUGGUGGUGGAAGUCAUCGUCACCAAUAAUAAUAAUAAUAAUAACAAUGACUUUGGGAGGUCAAAGUUCAAGGUCGUCGAUGGCUUCCUGGAUCUGAGGAAGUUGUGGAUGAAUGAUGGUGGAGGAGCCGGUUUCAAUCUCUCACUCAGCACUCUAUCCUUUGAUGGCAAGAGGAAGAGUCGACCGAUCGUAAUGACGUUUAGAAAGCCCUGA